AUGACGACGCUCGCCGCGCGAACCGCGGCAUCCCACCGCGUCGUCGCGCCGUCUCUCUCGCGACGCCGCGAAAGGCGCGCGCGCGGACGCCGCCCCCGCGCGCCCGCGACGACGCGCGCGCUCUUCGGAGGAAAAAACGACGACGACAAAAACGCGUACCCGUCGUCCGUCCGCGCGCCGCUGCCGCUCCCCGAGGCGAUCGCGACCGGCCUGCGGUGCGCGUUGGACGGCGCCAAGGUCGCGAUCGCGUCCCCCUCGGAGGCGUGGAAACCGCUCACCGCGGCGACGCUGACCGCCGCGCUCGCGCUCGACGGCGCGGGAUUCUACGCCGCGUCCGCGUGGCUCGCCCCGGGAGACGACGCGGGCGCGGUGCGCGCGCUCGCGAGCAAGGUGCUCCUCGUCGCCGUGGACGGCGCGUGGGUGUUCGUCGCGCCGCUGAUCGCGAUCGCGAUCGUGCAGCAGGUGCUGCCGCUGCUGGGGGAGAAGAUCCUCUUCGACGCGCUGCGAGCGACCGCGGGGAUGCCGUCCGCGACUGUCUCGGACGAAGACGACGACGUGGACGACGACGGCGACGCGUCAUCAUCAUCAUCAUCAUCAUCGUCGUCGUCGUCCGCCUUCGUCGUCCACCCCGGUCGCCGCGCGCGCGUGGAGCAGCUCGAAGCCUCCCCCGGCCUCGGCAUCCGCGGCCUCGGCGUCGCCGCGAGCCGCGCGCAGUCUCUCGCGUCGCUCACCGCGCUCGUCGCGCCGCUCGGCGUCGGCGUCUCGUUCGUCCCCGUCGGCGGGCCGAUCGUCGCGACGGCGCUCACCGCCGCCGUCGCCGCGUACGCGCUCGCGUGGGAGCUCCUCGAUCCGUACUUCGACAAGGCGCAGGUCGGGUUCGAGCAGCAGGAGAGGGUGGUGUGGGAUAACCGCGCGGCGUUGAUAUGCUUCGCCGCGCCGUUCGCGGCCGGGUUGGCGAUCCCGGUGGUGGGGCCGUUCGGGACGGCGGUGGCGCAGGGAGCCGCCGCGGAGCUCGUCUGGCGCGUCCUCGAGAAGGACCCGCCCGCGGCGUCGGGGGAGUGA